CGGCGGCGGCGGCGGCGGCGGCGGCUGGGGAGAGCUGGGCCGAGCUGCGGACGCCGGGCCCCCCGAUCCCCGCCAGGCUGCAGGCGCCGGGCCCGGGCCGUCAGGGCAGCUGUUACCCUUGCCUUCAGCGGGUGGCGAGCUGGGGGUGCUCCCGGAACCCCGUGCCCAGGAUCAUGGGGAAUGGUAUGACCAAGGUACUUCCUGGACUCUACCUCGGAAACUUCAUUGAUGCCAAAGACACAGAUCAGCUAGGCCGGAAUAAGAUCACACACAUCAUCUCCAUCCACGAGUCACCCCAGCCUCUGUUGCAGGACAUAACCUACCUUCGCAUCUCAGUGGCCGACGCCCCUGAGGUACCCAUCAAAAAGCACUUCAAGGAGUGUAUCAACUUCAUCCACUGUUGCCGCCUCAAUGGGGGAAACUGCCUUGUACACUGCUUUGCAGGCAUCUCCCGAAGCACCACCAUCGUGACGGCGUAUGUGAUGACUGUGACGGGACUAAGCUGGAGGGACGUGCUUGAAGCCAUCAAGGCCACCCGGCCCAUUGCCAACCCCAACCCAGGCUUUAGGCAGCAGCUUGAGGAGUUUGGCUGGGGCAGUUCCCGGAAGCUUCGCCGGCAGCUGGAGGAGCGCUUCGGCGAGAGCCCUUUCCGCGACGAGGAGGAGGUGCGCGCGCUGCUGCCGCUGUGCAAGCGUUGCCGGCAGGGCUCAGCGAGCGCGGCCGCUUCCCCGGCGCCCAACUCCACGGCCUCGGAGGGGACCCUGCAGCGCCUGGUGCCGCGCUCGCCUCGGGAGGCCCACCGGCCGCUGCCGCUGUUGGCGCGCGUCAAGCAGACUUUCUCCUGCCUCCCGCGGUGUCUGUCCCGCAAAGGCAGCAAUUCUGCCAGGAGACUGAUGCCCUUCAGGCCAGGCGACACAGGGUGGGGCGAAAGGGCCUCCAGGGAGCAGAAAGGAAAGCGAAACUUCCUACCCAGACUUUCGCUUUCGCCGCCUCCGCGCUGUCCAGGUGGCCCCGGAGCGCGAUCCCCUGUCGCCCUGGGGUUCGGUCACCCGCGCGCCCCAGACCUGGUUCCCGGAGCACUGCGUUCCCCUAUGGCCGGCGACCCCUGGCGGAGGGACGAAGGGAAGGUCUCCGACAGCAGGCGACCCAUGGCGGGGGCCGGGGGUCCCCUGCGCCUCCGAGAAUGGCUGGUGGCGCAGAUCGAGAGCGGGCGCUAUGCGGGGCUGCGCUGGGAGGACGCAGGCAAGACCCUCUUCCGCAUCCCCUGGAAGCACGCAGCCAAGCAGGGUUACCAGGUGCGGCAGGACGCUGCGCUCUUCAGGGCCUGGGCCAUAUACAAAGGCAAGCACCUAGAGGGCAUUGACAAGGAGGAUCCCUCUACCUGGAAGACACGGCUCCGCUGUGCCCUCAACAAGAGUGCUGACUUCUGUGAAGUACCUGAGCGCAGCCAGCUGGACAUCUCCAACCCCUAUAAGGUCUACAGGCUCCUGUCUGAUGGUGCCCACGACCCAGUCACCAGGGCUUGUGCUCCCAGUAAAGAGGAGGGCAUUCUUCAGAGCCAGCAGAAGCCCCCUGGAGGAGUGACAGAGCCAGGCUGCAGGACAGAAGAGCAGGAUGUAUCCGGAUUAGUCACAGAGGAUAAAGACAAGGAGCAGCCUUCCAGGCUAGCCCAGCAGGACUUCCUGCUCCCAAGCCCUUUGGCUGACCACAGCUACCAGGCACAGAAUCCCAUUCACCCCUGGAGCCCUUUGCCCUCUGAAGAUUUCAGCAACCCUGAUUGCUGGCUGCACGUGCGGCUCUUCUACCGCGCGGAGCUGGUGCGCGAAGCCACAGCGCUGGCGGCCGAGGGCUGCAGCCUGAGCCCGCGGGCGGCCACCGCGGCCGCCGAGCGACUGCUGGGGCCGCCGCCGAGGGUCGCGCAGGUUCGCUUCCCGGAGCCGCCGGCCAGCGCCCACGUGCUGCGGCGCCUGCUGCCCCACCUGGAGCGCGGCGUGCUGCUGUGGGUGGCGCCCGAGGGCGUCUUCGCCAAGCGCCUCUGCCAGGGCCGCGUGUACUGGCGCGGCCCGCUUGCCCCGCACCGCGCGCGGCCCAACAAACUGGAGCGCGAGCGCACCUGCCAGCUGCUCGACACGCGCCGCUUCCUCGCGGGUAAGAGCGCGACAGCCGGGUUUGAGAAUUCUGGGCCUGGGAUGGACCUGGAAACAAAGGACAUGACACGGAAACACCGAGAGUGGGAACGAAUACGGACAUGGGCCUGCAGGAGGUGGAGGUGUAGGCUUGUGGCAGGCUUGGGGCGCUGGGUGUGGGACAGAAGCCUAGGACUUGGGCACGUGCUGUCUGGAUGUGGAAGUGGGCCUGGGCACAUGGGGGAUGUGGAUUUACAGGACAUGGUCAGGAGAUAUGAGCACAAAGUGGGCAUCAGAUGGGAUCCCCCCACCCCAGACCCCAACAUCUCGGUGCCCGUAGAACUGCGAGCCCACCUACAGGAUGGUUGCCCGGAGCCCGAAUACCAGAUCCGGCUGUGCUUUGGCGAGGAGUACCCGGGGCCCCCGGACCAGCCCGAGGAUCGGCUCAUUAUGGCCCAUGUGGAGCCAGUCUUCGCCAGGGAACUCCUCCUGCACUCGAAGAUCCACGGCCAGGUGCCCGGGUGGCAGGUUCCCAGCCUAGCAUCCCCGACAGCAUCAAUCACCCUCUGAUGCAGC